AGGAUGAGUUCCAACGCCGGGACCCGGCUUUCUUCUUCGGUCGUCUUCUUCCAAAAGCCUUACACCGACGGAGAGAAUUCCUGCGAGUCGUUCUUGGACUUCCUGGAGGUAGAUCUCAGCGUCAGCUGGUCCGAUAGCGCGAGAGUUGUGCGGUUGCUUAGACGAUAUUGGAGGAGGUUGGCGGCCGGAGUGGAGGGUCUGGGUCUUCUUCUCGGUGUUGUCCUCUAGGACUCCACGUCGAUGUCUCGUCGGCAGGGCCUCCAUAUCCCUCUCUUCGACUCUGAAAAUGUCGCGAGAUCUCAGGGUGAGAAUGGCUUCGGGAUCGGCUUCAGAAACUGCUCAGUUGUCUUCUUCUCUACCGCCUCUUCCGGAGAAACGAAUUGUCCUAGGUUGUGGCGGCGCUGGUGUGGAUUAUUUGGCCGUCGUGAAGCAAUUCCCUCAACCAGAUGAUAAAAUGCGGUGCGUGAGUGCCAAGGUUGAAGGAGGUGGAAAUGCCGCGAACACACUGACGUGCACAGCCCGUUUGGGGCUGAGGCCUAGGCUUAUAACAAAGGUUGCUAAUGAUGGCCUAGGAAAGAACAUUCUAGACGAAUUAGAAUCAGAUGGAGUUGACACGAAAUACAUUGUGGUCUCUAAGGAUGGGAAUUCUCCAUUUACCUAUGUUAUUGUUGAUCCUCAAACAAAAACUCGCACUUGCAUUUUCACGCCUGGGGACCCGCCUAUGGUUCUUGAUGAUCUUUCACCUUCGAGCGUAUCCUCUGCAUUGAGUGGUACAAGCCUUGUAUAUUUUGACGGAAGGCUGCAGGAAACGGCAUUGGUUAUUGCAAAAGAAGCUUCUAAUUUGGGUAUACCCAUAUUGGUUGAUGCUGAAAGGAAAAGAGAAGGACUGGAUGACCUCCUUAAUCUAGCAGAUUAUGUUGUAUGCUCAGCUAAAUUUCCUCAGGCAUGGACAGGGGCUCCUACAGUUCCAUCUGCCUUGAUUGCUAUGCUUUUAAAGCUGCCACAGACUAAAUUUGUGAUUGUAACUCUUGGAGAAUCAGGAUCUGUAAUGUUAGAAAGAAGCUUACAUGGCCCUGGCAUGGACAAUAUGGACGUAGACAACCUUUUUAAUUCAUUAAAGCAGAACAUUGAUGAUAGCAGUAUUAUGCCAACGUGUUUCCCAUCAGAGGUCGUGAUGCUCAGAGCAGAUGGGAUUGGCCAGGUAACUGGGAGGAUAAUUAUAGGCACUGCAGAAAAAAUUCCACCUUCCGAGCUCAUUGACACAACAGGAGCUGGGGAUGCAUUUAUUGGAGCGGUUAUAUACGGCGUCUGUGCAGGCAUGAUGCCUGAGAAAAUGUUGCCUUUUGCUGCUCAAGUGGCUGCUGCCAACUGUCGUGCUUUGGGUGCUCGAAGUGGCUUACCUUUGCGUAGUGAUGCACGAUUGGCACCAUUGCUAUAGGCAAACCGGAGCUGUUGCAUGACCAAAACGCGUUGCAACCACCAGCUCUUAUUUCAGUAAUCUCUUCCGUAACUUCCUCCUGCUGGUGAUAUUACUCAUUACAGUUUUGGUGACGCCCAGUCCAAAGUUCAGAAGCAGGACCCUUUAUCCUACAUCGGCUGUACUCGUGUUUGAGUCCAAAGUUCAGAAGCAGGUAACUGGCACCAUUGCCGUCCAUGGCAUCCAUUGGCACAUGCUCCCGAGCUUGGUCCCCUAUAUGGAACUAAUUAUAUCUUUGGAAUACAAAAAAGGUGUUGAUUCUA